AUGGUCACCAAAAGGAGAAGAAGCUCACCCGGCUUUACUCCGGAACGUUUCUCGUCAAGCCGACCACUCCUCGUCCUCGUCCCCGGGAAACUUCACAAGCAGACAAUGGAGCCCAAGACACUGACCAUGCCAACGACACCCAAGAUCCCCGAGGAGGAAGCAGUGUGCCGCAUUUGCCUGUGCGAUCUGGGCGAGGAGGGCAAGACGCUCAAGCUCGAGUGUAGCUGCAAAGGGGAGCUGGCGCUGGCUCACGAGGAGUGCGCUCUCAAGUGGUUUGGGAUUCGAGGCAACCGCGAGUGCGAUGUUUGUGGCCAGGAGGUCGUCAAUCUCCCCGUCACGCUCGUCAGGCUCCAGCAAAACCAAAACAAUACCAACGCUGAAACUCAAGUUCUCCAGCAAGCUCAAAUGGCGUAA